AUGAAUUUAUCGUAUCAGGAUCCGGCUCAUGUUGCAAGUUUUGGUGGUGUUGAAGCUUUACAUCGUGCUGCAGGAGGUAAAGUUUCCAGGAAAGAGAUUCAAACAUGGUUAGAGGGAAUAGAUGCGUACACGCUUCACAAGCCGAUUCGCCGAAAAUUUCCAACGAAUAGAGUAAUCGUGUAUUCUAUAGAUCAACAAUGGCAAGCUGAUUUAGUGGAUGUUUCACAUUUACGUGAUCAUAAUGAUGGUUAUCGAUAUAUAUUAACCUGUAUUGACAUAUUAUCCAAAUAUGCAUGGGCUAUUCCUCUGAAACAAAAGAGAGGAGAAGAUAUUUAUAUAAAGCGAGCUCCCAUAGAAGUCAAUUCAGAAAAUGAGAGUGAUGUAUGGUUUACCUUGUAUGAAGAUCAUCCUUCUAACGUUUCUAAAUGUAUAUUCGCUGUAGGAGAUGUGGUACGUGUUUCCAAACUAAAGCUUACUUUCGAAAAAGGCUAUGAAACCAAUUGGACGGAAGAACUAUUUGUGGUGACAGAGUGUGUUAAAAGACAUCCAGCCGUGUAUAGAAUUAAAGAUUUACUUGGAGACUCAGUAAAAGGAACGUUUUAUGCACAAGAGUUGCAGAAAGUGAGACUGAAAGAGGAAUAUCGCAUUGAAAAAAUUUUAAAGAAACGUAUGCGUAAGAAAACAGACAGAAUACUUUGUAAAAUAUCGCGGUUAUCCCGACAAAUUCAAUCAAUGGAUUCCAGCUUCUAA